GCACGGGUGCUUUUACAAUGGAGUUUAGAGAGAAUGAAUUCGGAUCCCUCUUUCUGAUGUUUACAUGAGUAUUUAUACUAGGCUAGGGGGGACAGGACCACGUGCACCCACGUGGAGGCGCGCUGCUCGGAUGGUCAGAGGUGAUGGGCCUCGCCUUCUAGUCACCUUGUCACCUUGUGGUCUUCUCUUUCCAGACACAUCCGGAAGGUUUGCACCCACUGACUUUGUAUUGUUCCUAGAUGAUUUUGAUCGGACUUCUCAAUAUAGUUGGGGAUUAGCUGUUUUGGCACAGCUUUACAAUAGUUUAUGCCGCACAGCACUAAAGAAGAACGAUCGAACUCGACCAGGAGGGUGCUUACUUCUACUUCAGUUAUGGGCCUGGUCACGCUUGUUGCCUAUCCGACCUAAGGUGAAGAUUCAGGCUAAUUAUCGCCACGGACCUCCUGCGAUUGACGAACCUCAUGGUUCAGAUCUACAAAAGUUUACUCUAGUACAGCCCGACAGAGUGUUCGUUAUUUCCGAGACCAAUUUGAUGGUUUAUUGCAUCAUCAUUAAUCUCUCGUGGGAUUUGUUCUUCGAUAAAGCUCAAGUAUUAGGAUUGCUGGAGAUAUAUGUUUGUGAUAAUACGCGUAGAGAUGAUGUUGGUCCAUCACGCCUUCCUCAACGAUCCAUUCCAGUUCCAGCUGCAGAUGACAACAUUGAUAACCCCAAUACUGAUGAUGAAAGUGAGUACAGUGAUUCUGAUGUUGACGAAACAGAAGAGGGAUGGAUUUCCCAAAUGGAGGCAAUAGCGGCUCAGGCUAAACGUUAUUACACUUCAGAUGUACCCUUGGAGAUUGGGUUACAAUUCUGUUUGCCCCUUGUUACUGUGGAUGGUACUCACCUGUAUGGAAAGUACAAGGGUCAUUUACUUUUGGCAGUGGAAAUGAAUGGAAAUCGAGAGCUUUUUCCUAUUGCUUACGCGGUGGUUGAUGGGGAAACGUGUGAAAGUUGGGCAUGGUUUUUGAGGUUGCGCGUUCAAAUUAAAGGGUUAUUCGUUCUUUGCAAGUAUGUAUCAUUUCAGAUAGGCAUGUUGGAAUUAUCAACGCGUAUAGAGAUCUUCCUGAACUUCAAACAAGAAGAAUAAUGAAGCGCUUUUGCCUACGUCACAUCCGUAGCAACUUCAUGACAAAAUUUCGUAACUCAGAUCUCAAACGUUUGGUGUGGGCCGCUAGGAGCACACCUAAUAUCCAAGAAUUUCAAGGAUAUAUGGGAGAAAUACGGAAUGUCAGUGAAGGAGCAUAUCUAUACUUGAAUGAUAUUUCACGUGAAGCGUGGGCUCUAUCUUAUGAUGGUUAUUUUAGAUGUGGGAUUUUGACAACCAAUAGUUCAGAGAGUUUUAAUAAUAUGCUUAAGGGUUG